GUGGAAAAGGUGCAACAGCGACAGUCCCUCUCUGGCAACUGCAGUUUGCUGGUCAAGACCAUCGAUGGCUAACUUUCAAGAUGUUGCCCACCAUCCGCGAGUACUUGAAGGAGCAAGCAGACGCAACAAUGCACACCACCCAGGACUUGGAGAGCAACCACUGCAUUCGAUUGAUUUCGGGGAUGCCUCCUUUGGAAUCUGACCCCGACCCAGAUGAAGUUGGCAUUGUGCCCUGGCGGGCGGUGAUCUAUUGCGCAGGUACCUCCCCAGAGCCAGCUUUGGAUUUCAUCAGGCAAGUGCUUGAGUGGCAGAUCCAACGCAGGCAACUUUUGCAGAUGCCGCCGCUUUUGGUCUUCGUGCACGAAAAGCUCGACUUCGAGUUGCCUCUUCCAUGGGCCCCAUGUGCUCCUACUGCAAUUCAGCCACCCAAUCCCUUUGCAGUGCCACCCCCUCGUGGUCGCAGGCAUGUCCUCUGCCAGCUCGAGCUCGAGAAGAACCACCAUCCAAUUGAAGGUGACGGUGAGAGCCAGGGUGAGGGCGAAGACGGAUCGAUUCACCCAAAGUACUUGCUCACAAUUUUUGGUGGCAUCUUUGCGUUCCGUGAGCGGUUCGACCAGCAACAGAUUGCCGGGGAACGCGUUGACACGGAAGUGAAGGGCAAGGUCAAUUAUGUCCGCUACCUUGAAGGCUUGAGCGUGGAUGACCCAAGCUCAACUGAGAGACUUCAAAGCCUUCUGAACGAUGUCCUUGCAAAAGUGCCAGUGUAUUUCAUCAACCGUGUGGGCGCAGAAGACCCAAUGGCAAAAUGGUUGUUGGCACAGAAAACUGUCAUCUACAGCGAAAUUCUCGUAGACGAUGAGUGA